CGCUUUCAUAACUCUCAAAUAUGCUCUUUGGAAUCGGUAUACUUGGUACAUAAGUGAUGCAUUCCGCAGCGUUGUUGCCAUCAGGGAACCCUGGAACCAGAAUCCAUGUGGUCAGUAAAUUAGCGAGCACAAUUAGAUGGAGUGCCGGUCUCGACCAAAACAAAAAGCUGCGUAAGCAACCACAAUCCCUCCUCAUAUGGGAUCGGACUGCAUCUGAGGACAUCUACUGGUUAGAUUCGAGCGAACAGGUUAUGAUUUUCCAAGUGCAGGCUGAGGCUGAAGUGGGGAGACCGAAAAUGGUAUCAGCGAUCUGUGGGGACAAAGCAGAGCGGGAAGUAUAUCUCGAGCGGGCCGAAGACCCUGGUGCCUGUCUAGCAUGCUUUACUCAAGGCAUUAACCGCUCAGAUAUAUGGCAGCUGAAGGGCAGCAGGAGGAUCAUAGGCCAUGAAUGUUCAUUGCCAUUAGCAAUAGCAACAGGGAGCAAUUCCGAGUUGACUGAAUGUCGGUGACACCAAUGCCACACAUGAUAAGUCCCUAACCACCAAGGUCCUCAUAUCGGAGAACCCCCGCAAGCAGCGCACCGAUAUCCGUGAUUCACUCGCGAUAUAAAAAUUGCAUUUCACGGAAC